CUUUUUUCCUAUAAAAAGCGGGCAAGAACCAGUACUGAUUACCUCAAAGAGAUGGCUUCAAGAAUCAGAACCCCAGCUCUUGCUGCUGUUUGCCUGCUCCUCUUGCUUGCUGCUGCUCCAGCUUCAGACGCUGCGAUUUCGUGUAGUGAUGUGAUCAAGGACCUGAGACCUUGCGUGAACUACCUCGUGAAUGGGACUGGGAAACCGCCCUCUGCUUGUUGUGCUGGAGCCUCCGCCCUUGCGUCUGCCGCAUCGUCCUCCUCUGACAAGAAGGCCGCUUGCGAAUGCAUCAAGUCAGCAGCUAAGAACAUGAAACCAAAUGCCCAGUUAGCUCAGGCCCUUCCUGCUAAUUGUGGAAUCAAUUUGCCCGUCACCAUUGCACCCAACGUGGAUUGUUCCAAAGUUGGCUGAAGACUUAAAGCGGCUCGAAGGAAAGUGAAGUUAAAAUCCUCCAUUUGUGUGGAAGCUUAAUUGCUUGUAAUAAACAGGAAUCCCUGUUAUGGCUUUUGGAUUCCUUCGAUGAAUAAAGCUUAAUCCCAUCAUCUACCCUAACUUUUUUUUUUUUGGUUUAUAUAUUUGUGUUCAAGUGUAUUGUAUUUAAAUAUUUAUAAUUACUAUAGUUUUUA